CAAUAGCCGAUCGCAGAGAUAACCGAUUCGGGACGCGAAAAUAUACGAAAAUAAUAAUCAUUUAACACACAGCUGUGGAUCGUAACGAGUGUACAAAAGAGACUCCAGUUCCUGAUUUUUAAAUUAGUUUGGAAUUUGCUUUUUUGGAGAGAGAAUUAAUUUGCAACGCGAAUUAUUUACAUAACCAGUAGAAGCGGCAACCGGAGCAGCAACUGGAGCAGCAGCAGCAGCAGAGCGGACAGAAGGUCAACAGGCGGACAGACUUAUAUAAUUGCAGAACAUACACAAAAGCCUUCACAAACACACAAUGACGGGCUAUAAUUCCAAAGGCGAUGUGGCCACCAGCAAUGGCAAUCAUAGGAACGGACACAGCAAUGGCAGCAGCAGCAACGGCGACAGGCCGGCCGACGACUUGGCGCAGGAGAAUCAAACUGAUAAUGGAAGAAUCCAAUGCUCCCUCACGCCCGAAGAGCUGAGGGCUCUGCGGGUGCUCAACGAAGACACGUAUCCAUAUGAGGUUAUCCAGGAAAUCGCCGACUUCAUUGUGAAGGGCGCUGGCAUGCGGCCCAAGAUUGGCAUCAUUUGCGGCUCGGGACUGGGCUCGCUGGCCGACAUCAUUCAGGAUGCGAAGAUCUUUGAGUACGAGAAGAUCCCAAACUUUCCGGUGUCGACGGUGGAGGGUCACGCCGGCAAGCUGGUUGUCGGCCAUCUGGAGGGUGCCAUCGUGAUGGCCAUGCAGGGACGGUUCCACUUCUACGAGGGCUAUCCCCUGGCCAAGUGCUCCAUGCCGGUGCGCGUGAUGAAGCUGUGCGGAGUGGAGUAUCUGUUCGCCACGAAUGCGGCCGGCGGCAUCAACCCCAAGUUUGCCGUGGGCGACAUCAUGCUGAUGCAUGACCACGUCAACAUGCUCGGCUUUGCUGGCAAUUCGCCGCUGCAGGGACCCAACGAUCCUCGCUUCGGGCCACGCUUCCCAGCCCUGGUCAACUCGUACAACAAGGACCUGAUCAACAAAGCCCUCGAGAUCGGCAAAUCCAUGGGCAUCGAGUCGAACAUGCAUGUGGGCGUGUACUCCUGCCUGGGCGGACCCACCUACGAGACCAUUGCCGAGCUGAAGGCCCUCCGCAUGAUGGGCGUCGACGCUGUGGGCAUGUCCACGGUGCACGAGGUCAUCACUGCCCGUCACUGCGACAUGAAAGUGUUCGCCUUCAGCCUGAUCACCAACAAGUGCUCCACCGAGUACAGCGACAAGAAGGACGAGGAGGCUAACCACGACGAGGUCAUGUCCGUGGCCAAGAACAGGCAAAAGGCGUGCUGUGAGCUCGUCGCUCGACUGGUCCGAGAGAUCCACGCACAAUCUUAGGCGUCGAACGAGAGGAUUUCGUUGGAUUCGAAAUUUAACAAUAGUUAAUUCUCUAGAACUUGCAUUUAAGGCGCAGACAUUUCACGAAUUGUCCCAAAAUGUACAGUAUAAGCAUAGAAAAUAGUUUAAACUAAAUUAUAAACAAGUAAAUAGAUCUAAAACAAA